AUGGAAGAUGAUGGAAAAGUAAGUAUUUCAACAAAUAGAAGAUUGAUUAGAACAUUUUCAGGUAAAAUAAUGAAAAAUUCAUAAUAAUAAUAAUAAUAAUAAUAAUAAUAAUAAUAAUAAUAAUAAUAAUAAUUAUAAUUAUAAUCAGUUUAAAACUUUUUUCAUCCAGUAUUUAAAAUACCUACUCCUUUACAUUAAAUAAGUUUAAAGAAAUAAAUAAAAUCAAUUAUUGUUAAAAUACCAGAUAAAACUAUUCCUAAAAAAUAAAAUGCUACAAGUGAAUUAAUUAGAAAAAAAAUAUUAAAUGCAUAAAGAAAAAGUUCUAUUUUAACUAAAUAUAUUCCUACUAAAAUAUCUAUUGAACCUAAAUUAUCAUAUUAAAAGUAUAUUUUUUAUUUUUAUCUAUUUUAGAUUAUUUUAAUCAUCUAAUUAAUAUAAUAAUCAUCAUCAUAAUCAUAAUAAUUCAAUUACUUUUGAUUCACAUUAUAUUUGA